AUGUCCGUUGUCCCCAUUGAAACCAACGAAGUAUCCGACUUUUGCACAAGAUCCUAUUUUCUAGAAUGUGACUCGAUCUUCCUGUGGGAUGUGUUGCAUACGGCUAGAAUAAUUAAAUCUACUAUGAUUAAUUGGGAUUAUUUUUUAGAUAUCUCGAUUUGGUGGAAUCCUGCGUGUCUGUAUCACUGGUGCAAGAGUAGGAGGUCCACUGCUGCUAGUAUUAGAUUAGGAUUUUUUAUUUUAAUAAAAAUUGGAAGAAAGGAGCCCGUAAAUAAGAUGUUCGUGGCGUUUAUAAUAAUUAAACCAGAAAAAUUCAAAAUAUAUAGAUUUUUAUUAUUGGAUUCUAUUUCAUUUAUUAUUGUAUUUGAUGCUUCGCUAGACUACGAUUCUUUGAACCACUAG